UUCUGAUUUGGGUUUGUACAAACCCACUUACUGCAAUAUACAUUUUCACUACCCGUCCUUUAGCCGAUUGCAUAAGAGUUGAAUAGGGUAUUGGGCUGUCGCAAUCAUUGUUACUUUUAAUUUUUUUUUCUGUUGGGAAUUUCCAGUUGAAGCCACUGGGCUUUAAAAAGUCAGAUUCCUCGAGAGAUGUUCAAAGCAUUUUGAGAAGCGAUUCAACUCAACGUAUCUGAACAAUUUAUUGCCUAUUCUUAUUAACCGCAUCAUGGCUGACACGUACUUCAGUUUGGCUGACGCUUUGGAAAGCAGCUACAAGCCCGACUCUGUGGAAAUUGACUCUUGUAUGUGCUGCUGUCAAAUGGUCAAGACAAGUGACCAAGAUUCAGAGUGUGGCCUGCAUUCAGGAAUCGACCUGGAGGUGUCCGAACAGCCCCAGAACUUGCGUAAUGUGGUCAACCUCGUCAUUGCCUUGCACCGCAUGAAGAAAACCCAGAAAGUGCAGAGCACCGAGUUUACCGACGAUGAGCUAUGCAACAUAUUCUUGGAGAAUUUGGUGGAAGAGUAUGUGACGCCGACAGUCCAUGAAGAAACUCACCAGGCUGCCGACCACUACAACUACAUAGGUCCGGUCCAAAAGUGCUACAUCUGUGACGAGUUCCAGAAGAGCCUGGUUCUGAGUAAAAGCAUCACCACCGAACUGCAGGCCAUCACACUUCAGGGAAACAACUUGAGCAGAAGAGUGGAACUGGAACUGUCCACAUACAAAGCCUCUGUCCCACGUGAGAGGGGCCAGCCUAUCGCCUUGGGGGUGGGGGGCAACCUCUACCUUUCAUGCACAUCUACCUCGGGGAAACCUGUCCUGGGCCUGGAGAUGGUGAACAAGGAGGACCUGAAUAACAUCAGUGGCGACAUGAAGCGUUUCCUGUUCUUCAAGACGGUCAGUGGCCAAACAUUGACCAGCUUCGAGUCGGCCAAGUUCGAGGGCCAUUACAUCAGCACGUCCUACACUAAUAGACAGCGUGUGGACAUGUCCUUGACUAAGGACGCACCCAACCGUCUGACAUCGUUCAAGAUGACCGUCCUGUGAAACUGCAAUUUCUGCCACGUACACCAAACAUCCAGAAAGUAUGUACUAUGUACAGCCCUUUGCCUGGGUGUUUUGUUCUUAUCUGACUGGAUUUGUAGGAUAGACAACAGAGAACCCAAACACAUACAGUACAGUAAGAGUUCCGAAAUUUGUAUUUGUGGAACAGUGUCUUAGUAAAUACAAAAUGUAUUACCUGAUAACAAGUUAAGUUGAAGUUCAUAUUGAAUUCCUGAGGAUGACCUGAAGUCACCUUAUUUUUAUUUAUAAUGUCACUAAAUAUUGUGCAGUGUUGUAUGUUGUAAUAUUUGUGGAAUUAUUUAAUGACAUGGAGUUUGUUCCUUGGUUUUUAUUUAUUUAAUUAUUAUUUCUGCUGUGUAAUGACUUCUAAUUCUGCUAAUUAUUGAUUUUGUGACUUGUGACUAAUGACAUCUUUAAUGACAUGGAGUUUCUUCCUUGGUUUUUAUUUAUUUAUUUAAUUAUUAUUUCUGCUGUGUAAUGACUCCUAAUUCUAAAACACUUCACGCAGAGGAAAUGAUGUUGCAUUUCAUGUCACACCUGCAAUCAUUGUGUUUUUAAUGUAACUCAAUCUGACUUGAUAAUAAAGUUGUACCUCCUAUAUUGAAAA